AUGGCUUCUCCGGCGGUCUCCGUGGUCUGCGUGGGCAUGGCAGGCUCUGGAAAGACAACGUUCAUGCAAAGAAUCAACUCUUAUCUUCAUUCGGAGAACACUGUUCCUUAUGUGAUGAACCUCGACCCCGCAGUUCACUCGGUCCCCUUUGAGAGCAACAUCGAUAUUCGAGACUCCAUCAAUUACAAAGAAGUGAUGAAACAGUACAAUCUCGGACCGAACGGAGGCAUCUUGACGUCUCUGAAUUUGUUUGCGACCAAGGUGGAUCAGAUCAUUGCUCUGCUCGAGAAGCGCACAACGCCGAACCCCGAAAACCCCUCCGCGAAGCCGAUCGAACACAUUCUGGUCGACACCCCUGGUCAGAUUGAGGUCUUUGUCUGGAGUGCAUCGGGCAGCAUUUUCCUGGAAACCCUGGCCUCAUCCUUUCCGACUGUGAUCGCGUAUAUCAUCGAUACCCCGCGCGCGAGCUCUACCAGCACGUUCAUGAGUAACAUGUUAUACGCAUGCAGUAUCCUCUACAAGACCAAGCUGCCCAUGAUUCUGGUGUUCAACAAGACUGAUGUCAAAGACGCUGAGUUCGCGAAGGAGUGGAUGACUGACUUUGACAAGUUCCAAGCGGCGUUGCGUCAAGAGGAGGAAGCGGGCACCUUUGGAGGCGAAGGCGGUGCCGGUGGAUUUGGCGCUGGAAGUGGCUACAUGGGCUCUUUGUUGAAUAGCAUGAGUCUGAUGCUUGAAGAAUUUUAUCGACAUCUGAGUGUGGUCGGUGUCAGUUCCAUGACUGGCGAUGGCGUGGACGAGUUUUUCGAGGCCGUUGAGACGAAACGCCAGGAAUUCGAACGCGACUACAAGCCUGAACUGGAGCGGAAGAGGAAAGAGCGGGAAGAACAAAAAUCGGCCCAGCGGGAGAUGGAACUCGGUCGACUCAUGAAGGAUAUGUCCGUCUCUGGAUCAUCGAAGAAUCGCAAGGGCCCCGAACCUGGACCGGAAACCGUCAGCGAGGCAGAGGAUGAAGAGGAGGAUGAAAUCAUCAAACGGGGCUUGGCCGAUGGGGAGGACUUCAGCGAUGGCGAUUACGACUAUGACUACACGCCCAGUGCUGGUGAUGAUGCAGGCUUGUCAGAUCGGUACAAGGAAGCUUUGUCGGGGUCGCAAAGCGGCCCUUCUGAGGCUGAUAACAGCUUUGCCAGAUACUUGCAGGCCAGCAGCAUGAACCAAUGA